ACAUCUUAUUAUGCAUGUAAUAAUAAUAUUACGUUGCAUUUCUAAAAUCUUAUGUUAUGCAUAAACUCAAUUCACCCCGUUGUUUGUGUUUGUCAGCCAUGGCCUUUUUGCUCACUUUUACGUCACUUUGGUCACAAGUCACGCAACGCUCAUGCUACAGAAUUAUUAAAAUCUUUUGAAAAUCUCCGAUUUUGUCGUGUGGUCUGUGGACCUUUUGCAAAACAAACAUGUCUUCCCUUCCUGAACCCAGAGCCCCUCACGCACUUAUCAAGCUGUCUCGCUGGACAAUGCUAAGCUUGGGACUUUUUUACGGAUUCCAGAGAAAUAAGGUUUUGAGCAGACGAGAAACGGCACGACGAGCGAAGGAGGAGGAGGAACGACCAGCCAGGGAGGCGGCGUUGAAGGCCGAAAAGGACAAGAAAUACAAUGAGGAUAUGGAGUAUUUGGGACGAGAGACGGGGGUCAUUGCUCCUGGAACUGUCCCCGGAGGUGGAAGGGUGGGAGCUGAUUCAAAGUUUCAGUCCGAAUGUGGGUGCAAAUACUGAUGCUCGACGGAAGCUGCAACUUUUCAAGAACUUAAUCUCUAAUUAUCUAAUUUAUACCAACCAUAAAUUUUUAUAUUUGUACCAAUUGAUUUUACAUUGGUCCUGAAAUAAAAACCUUGUAUAAUGGG